AUGUCACAAGUCACAACCUCUUAUUCCUAUGAUGCUCCAAUGGACUUCAUCAAUUUUUCAUCUUUGACUGAUGAGGAAGAUACCCAAAACAUAGAUUCCUGGUUUGAUGAGAAGGCUAAUUUGGAGAAUAAGUUUCCUGGGAAGAAUGGUACAGGAGGGCUUUUUCAGGGUAAAACACCUCUGAGGAAGGCUAAUCUUCAUCAAGAUGUCACACCUUUGAGGCCAGUUGAUAAUACUUACAACAAACAGGCAGAAAAAGAAAAUCUGGUGGAAGAGUCCAUUCCAUCAAAUGAAUGUCCUUCUAUGAAAGUCAAAAGAACCACAUCAAGAAAUAAUCCAGCUCAGGCUCAGAGAAGAUCUCUCAGACUCUCUGCUCAGAAGAAUUUGGAACAGAAAGAAAAGCAUCAUGUAAAAAUGAAAGCCAAGAGGUGUGCUACUCCUGUAAUCAUCAAUGAAUUUCCACCCUCCAAAAAAAUGAAAGUCUCUCACAAUAAAAAGAAGUUAGAAGAAGAGGAAGAAGGCAAUGCUUGUCAAGAUAUUUCUGAAAAGAAUGAAUCUUCCCCAGAAAAAGCCAGGGGCAGACAUACUGCGCCUUGUAUCCCACCUGUAAGGCAGAAGAUUCUAAAAAGUACUGAGGAGCAAGAGUUGGAGAAGAGAGUGAAAAUGCAGCAGGAAGUCGUAGAGAUGCGGAAAAGGAAUGAAGAAUUCAAAAAGUUUGCUCUUUCAGGAGCAGGGCAACCUGUGAAGAAAUCAGUGAGUCAGGUUACCAAAUCAGUUGACUUCCACUUCCGCACAGAUGAGCGGAUCAAACAGCAUCCUAAAAACCAGGAGGAGUAUAAGGAAGUGAACUUUACAUCAGAACUGCGAAAGCAUCCUCCAUCUCCUGCCCGAGUGACUAAGGGAUGCACCGUUGUUAUGCCUUUCAAUCUGUCACAAGGAAAGAAAAGAACAUUUGAUGAGACGGCUUCUACAUAUGUUCCCCUUGCACAGCAGGUCGAAGCAUUCCAUAAACGAACUCCUACCAGAUACCACCUGAGGAACAGGAAGGAUGAUAUUAUGCCAUUACCCUCCAAAUCUGUGGUCAGAAUAUGCAGAGACCCACAGACUCCAGUGCUGCAAACCAAACAUCGUACACGGCCUGUGACCUGCAAAAGUGCAGCAGAUCUGGAAGCUGAGGAGCUUGAGAAGCAGCAACAAUACAAAUUCAAAGCACAGGAACUUGAUCCCAGAAUUCUUGAAGGUGGGCCCAUUUUGCCUAAGAAACCACCUGUGAAGCCACCUACUCAGCCUGUUGGCUUUGAUUUAGAAAUUGAGAAAAGGAUCCAGGAGCGGGAGUCAAAGAAGAAAUUGGAAGAGGAACAUUAUGAAUUUCAUUCCAGGCCCUGCCCUACUAAGAUCUUGGAAGAUGUUGUGGGUGUUCCUGAAAAGAAAGAGCUUCCAAUCACUGUUCCAAAGUCACCAGCCUUUGCUCUGAAGAACAGAAUCAGAAUGCCCACCAAAGAAGAUGAGGAAGAGGAGGAGCCAGUAGUGAUAAGAGCUCAACCUGUGCCAUAUUUUGGAAUGCCUUUUAAGCCCCAGAUCCCAGUGGGAAGAACUGUGGAAGUAUGCCCUUUUUCUUUUGAUUCCCGAGACAAAGAACGUCAGUUACAGAAAGAGAAGAAAAUAAAAGAACUCCAGAAAGGAGAGGUGCCCAAGUUCAAGGCACAUCCUUUGCCUCACUUUGACACCAUUAGCCUGCCAGAAAAGAAGGUGAAGAAUACUACCCAGGUUGAGCCAUUCUGCUUGGAGACAGACAGAAGAGGUGCCCUGAAGGCACAGACUUGGAAGCACCAGCUGGAUGAAGAACUAAAACAGCAGAAAGAAGCAGCUUGCUUCAAGGCUCGUCCAAACACUGUCAUCUCCCAGGAGCCCUUUGUUCCUAAGCGAGAGAAAAAAUCUGUUAUCGAGGGCCUUUCUGGUUCUCUAGUUCAGGAACCUUUUCAGCUGGCGACAGAGAAGAGAGCCAAGGAGCGGCAGGAGCUGGAGAAAAGAAUGGCUGAGGUGGAGGCCCUGAAAGCCCAGCAGCUAGAGGAAGCCAGGCAGCAGGAGGAAGAGCAGCAGAAGGAGGAGUUGGCCAGACUACGGAAAGAACUGGUGCACAAAGCAAAUCCAAUACGAAGAUACCAGGGUGUGGAAGUCAAGUCCAGUGACCAGCCCCUGACGGUGCCCGUCUCACCCAAGUUCUCUACCCGAUUCCAGUGCUAA